UUCCAGCCCGGCUAGAGCUCCGGGUGGUCAGCGAGAGGCGGAGCUCGGAGGUUCCGUCCGGUUCAGCCGCAUCGUCCCACCGCCCGGUGUCUCGUCGCGGCUUCCGAAGAGGAGACCGACCCUCCCUGUCUCCGUCAGAAAAAUGUCGGCUCCAGCUCAGCCGCCCGCUGAAGGGACAGAAGGGGCCGCCCCAGGUGGGGGUCCCCCUGGCCCUCCUCCCAACAUGACCAGUAACCGACGACUACAGCAAACACAGGCUCAAGUGGAGGAGGUGGUGGACAUCAUGCGUGUGAAUGUGGACAAGGUUCUGGAGAGGGACCAGAAGCUGUCGGAGCUGGAUGACCGAGCUGACGCCUUGCAGGCAGGCGCAUCCCAGUUUGAGAGCAGUGCUGCCAAGCUCAAGAGGAAGUAUUGGUGGAAAAACUGCAAGAUGAUGAUCAUGCUGGGAGCUAUCUGUGCCAUCAUCGUGGUAGUUAUUGUAAUCUACUUUUUUACUUGAGAAUGUGCCACCCCUCCCCCGUCCUCCAUCACCUUCCAAACUCAUGUCCUCCUCUGUGUGUCUGCUCUCUCUCAACCAGCAUCCUCACUGGUCUCCCCAUCCCAGCCCAGGCUUCUCCAUCACCCACUUCUCCUUUUCGUUUGCGUCCAUUUGCUCCGUUUCCCUCCACACUAGAAAUGCUGCUGGGGGGCGCAGUCUCUAAGGGACCACCUGAAGAGUGACAGCUGGUGCCUCCUCCCUACACCUUUAUCUUUUUACUUAAGUUCCCCCAAAGCCAAAAGCAAAUUGGAGGCCAUGGGAAGGGGAGGGGAGUGGCUGUGGUGCAGUGUCCCCAAGUGGUUGCCAACAGUCAGGGGAGGAGAAGGUUGUUGGUGCCUGUGGUGUCUUCUGCACAGCCAGGCUGCUGGCAAGAGACCAGGAAGACUCGGGAAGAUGGCAGCGUGAUUGGUGCUGCCAUGGUCACUUGGAGCUUUUCUUCAUACCAGGCCUGACGCGGGUCCUGGGGAUUGGUCCAAGUCCCAUUCCACCUCAAGUAAUACAGACUGUGGUUUGCAGUUCUUCCUAAACUGUGAGUUCAAGGUUUUCGAAAUCUCUGGGGAUUUCGUACAGCCUUUCGUGGUUAUUCUCUAUCGGUCUGGAGAACACUCAGUGAUUUUGACAAACCUGGGACUCCAUAGAUGCAGUUCCACCACUGCGAACCAGGAGGAGCUGCCUCCUGUUAAAUGGUUGGCAGCAUUUGGCGUUGUGUGUGAGGGCAUCUUAGCAGAAAUGUGAGGCCUUUGAUUGGCUUCCAUUCAUGGCCAAGGGAAAGACUGUUGGUUAUACAGAAAUGGUAAGUAGGGGGCCUCAGUGGAGAAUGCUCACCCCAUGGCCUUCUUGUGUUAAGGAAGGUCCCGUUCAGGCCUUGCUCCUGAUGCAGAAAGCUGAGUCCGUUAGAAAGGACCUGAUCCCUGGACCCCCAUGGGAGCCUUUUGUUCAGGCCACUUCCAUCUCCUUGCCCAGCCCUGGCUGACCUUGAAGCCAUGGAGAAGUCCAACAGGUGUGCUGUGUAUAUGACUUGCCUGUUGUGGGGCCCUGUGGUCUGGAGCCCCCUCUUGUUCUCACCUCCCCUCCACCCCAUCUCUUCCGCUUCAGAGUGCCACCCUCUCUCCCUCCCUCACCCUUGCGUGGUUUGUGUACAGACAGUGGAGCCCAAGAGUGGGAUCCCCUCCAUCACUCUGAGGGUCAUGGCUAAGCUUCAGGCAAGGAUGUUCUGUCAUGUCACAUGGGGUUGGUGGGGAGAAGAGCCAGCUGGGGACACGAAGGGGCGUCCCCGCAGCCCUUAAGUUCCUCUGUCCCCCAGUCAGCAGGCAGAAAGAGGCUGAGGCCGUGCUGGGCCCAUGUUCCAUGCAGCAGCAUUUCAUUGUGCCAAACCAUCUUCCCUUUCCUUUUCGCCCCCAAUCUCCCACAUUCUUUUCGUCCUGCCCCCAGGGCGGGACCGAAGAGCUGGAAGCAAGCAGUCAGUGUACCCUCCCAGCGGUGCCCCUGGAAGGCCUCCACUCUCCUCCAGGCUCCU